AUGCCGAGUCUCAAGCAGACCACGCUCUCCUUCGACCGCCGGCCAUCGAGCGCGACGCCGCCGGCUAAGCGGCCUCGCCCAGACCCGGCGCAAACAAACGGCGCCUCCUCUCGCGCGAGCGCUCCCGCGCAGUGCUCUGCUGCAAAGCUGCCGCCGCUACUACCGCCACCGCCACCGCCCGUCGCGACAGCGGCGCCCGCGGCUGAGCCACAGGCGGCGUCCGGCGCGCUCGCGGCGGGAGAGGCGGCCGAGGUCCGCGAGGAGCGGCUGCGGAAUAUCGAGGAGAACCAGCGCAUCCUCGCCUCGCUCGGCCUGGCCGAGCCUCUCUCGGCGGUGCAGCAAGUCGCCCUGCCCGAGAGGGUCUACAGCGCGGACUACGCGCAGCGCGGCCAGCUGCUCGCUGCGGCGGGAGGCGGCGGCAUGGUGACCGUGCUCGGGAUGCCAGGGCAGGCUGGCGGCGAGUGCGCAGAGCUGCUAUCCUUCAAAGGCCACAAGGGCUGGGUCGGGAACGUCCAAUUCGCAGGCGACCAGCGGCUGCUCAGCGCCGCAAACGACGGGCAGCUGGUGCUGUGGGACCUCUCCAAGGCGCGCGGCGGGCGGCCUCGGCUGAUCUCGCAGCUGGAGCCGCAGAGCGGUGGCAUCUUUGCGAUGCACGAGGCGGGCGGGAGGGUGCUGACAGCCUCCAAAGACGGCACCGUCGCGCUCAGCAUGCUGGCGGACGACUGCCUCCGCCCGGGGGCCUCGUGGGACGAGCUGCACAGCGGCGUCAUCAAGUCAGUCUGCUGGCGCGACGGCAACGUCUUCGCCUCCGCAGGCCGCGGAGGCAAUCUGCGGGUGGUGGACCCGCGAGCGGGCGACCCGUCGGCAGGGCUCCUCCUCUCGGCUGGCUACGACCUGCAGAUCAAGCUGUGGGACGCUCGCGCGCCGUCGCGGCCGCUGCACACCUUGCAGGGACACGUGGCACCCCGGGUGGCGAGGCAGAAGGGGAUCUUCCAGCCGCAGUUCUGUGCGGGCGGGCGGUACGUCGUCGCCUCGGGCGAGGGCAGCGAGGCCCUCUCCCUCUACAGCGCCGAGAGCGGCGCCACGCUCAGCCGGGGUAGAAUCGGGUGUACCGCAUCCACGCUCUCCUGUGUGAGUGUCCUCUUGUGGCCUAACUCGGCUACUGCCGCCGCUGCGGCGUAG